UUUUCCCCCCCCCCCCCCCCUUUUCGCUCCCCACGAAAAAUGGGGAUGGCGGUGGACAAGCUUUUUGGACAUUGGUUUUUUAGGUGUCGGGACAGCACUGCAGCAGGCUGUUGCGGCUGUUCUGGCUGUAGCGUAGAGAGGUAGACUGAACGCAUUCCAACACCCAGUUCCGAAAAAAAAUGGUCUCAGAAACAGCCUCAGCGCUCCUCAGCGCCGUCUUCGGCGCCCUCGCCUCCAUCCUCGUCUCGCUCGCCAUCGAACGCCUCGGCGGGCUCCUCGGCGGCUGUCUGGCCUCCACGCCCUCGACCAUCAUUCCCGCGACCUGGGGGAUCUGGUGGUCCCUCGUCGACGGCGCGGCGCCCAGCACGCGGCAUCACGGUUUGGUGAAGUUCCAGCGGGCGACGUUGGUGAUCCCGAGCGGGUUGGUGUGCACGGCGGUGUUUCUGACGGGGUGGCGGUAUUUCCCGGUGUGGCUGCAGCGGUGGCGGCCGACGAUGCGGGUCGGGGUGAUGCUGGCGGUGGUCGCGACGGCGACGAUGGGGGUUUGGCUGAUCGGGGCCAUCGCCAUCGUGUUUGUGUUGCGCGCGGUGGUCAAGGACGAUGAGGUGGUCCCCGGGGACGAUUUCGGCGACAUCAUGGACGUGCCGCUGAUCCCCCUGCUGGUCGGAACCAUCUCCCUCGUCGUCGUACUGGCAACCGGCCUCGUCCUCAGCUGGCCCUCCGGCGCCGCGCCCAAGGGGAAGAACCCGGUCGCGGUCACCACCCUCCUGCUCCGCGGGUUGCUGGCCGGGGUAUCUAUCGGGGUAACGAUCGUCAUCGCCAACGUCAACGAGUUCGCCGGCGGGAUCGCCAGCAUGCUCCCCAUCAUGUUCUUCACCUCCAUGGUCUCCGUGUGGCUCGCGCAGGGCGCCGCCGUCACCACCGGCGCGAUCGGGCCGCUGGUUGCUGGGGUCAGUAGUGUGGCGGCGUAUGCGAUUGCCGCGACGUUCUUGUAUGCGAAGGUGGGGCCGUAUUGGGGCGCCGUGGCGAGUUGGGCCGUGAGUGUCGGGGGGGUGACGGUGCCGGUUUACGGGUAUAUGGUGUGGAGGAGGCGGGUGUGGGAGAGGAGGGUGAAGAUGGGGGCUGGCGGGCUUAGUGAGGAGACUUUGGGUGCGGAGGUGGAGGUCGCGGCGGUGAGGGAGCUGGCGCAGGACGGUGUUGUGGUGGAUGUGGAGGACCUUAAGGUCGGGAACGACCCAUCUAUCUCGAAAUAACAAAAGGCCUCAGAACGUGUUGGAUGCCCUGUACUGUACCAUAUAUACAGUAAUAUCGCCUGCCUCGGCUCUUUGAUGAGAUAUCAUCCAAUUCCGAGAAACAUCGAGCAUGUUCUCAGAGGUAGUACCGUUUCGGAAUGUAGUCGCUCGCUGAGUGUCACCUACCCGCAUCGCCCGUGUUGAGUGCGUGCUCGGAGAACGAAAUGUCCGUGCUUUGUUAUAGGAGGAACCACCCGACGUGCUGUAUCCUCGUGCUC